ACGAAGGACAGAAACCUUGUCCAUCUUGUUAACUGCGAUUUCCCCAGCACCGUGGCUCCAGCCUGGCACAUGGUAGGUGCUCGGUGAAUACUGUUUUGAACAGAGGACAGAGGCCGACGGCAAGGGCCACUCCUGUGCCAGAGCCUGCCACGCCACCACGGCUUUUGCGGUGGGGGUGGGGAGGAUUGGACAGUCCGGCUGUGCGCCUUCUUCUUUUCAACUUCCCAGUAUAACUCAAGGGAGCGCAACUCCAGAGGCUCCCAGGAGGAGGCCACCGCCCCGGAAUCAGGGCCUUCCUAGUUCUGCCUUCUGGGAGGGAGCAUGGGGGUGGGAGGGAGCAUGGGGGUGGGCUGCGAGAGGCCAGCUCCAAGCGCGUCCUGAAGUCCCACCCGUCGCCCCGCGUCGCUUUAAGGCGGAGGCCCGGGAGGGGGGCCGACCCCGCCCGCCAGCUCCACGCUCCACUCCAGACUCCGGCAUUUCCUCCCCGCUAGUUGGCGCGUCCUCGUCUCCCCCUCGGAAGAGGAAAUUCUCGGGGUCCGAGUAACGGAGUCAGGCGCGGAGAGAGGAGCGGCGGGAGAGCCAGGAGGGCUGCCUUGGGUAGGAGGCCAGCCAGGCCAGAAGCUGGCAGAGAGUGGCGCGCGGGGACGCCGGGCGGGGAGGGCCGCUGGGCCGGACGCUGCGCGCAGCUGGGGCAGGGCGCGGCCCGGGGCCGGAGAGCUCAGGGCGGGCCGCAGCUGGAAGGAACACUUGAGCUGGGAGAGGAGGCCGAGCUGGAGGGCGGCUUCCCGCAGGCCUGCGGUCGGGAAGCCGCCGCGGAGGAGGAGACCCGGACAGCGGGGCCGUCUGGGCGCUGUGCGCAUGCUGGGCUGGGGACGCCGCCGGGGCUCGCGCCCUGGGCUGCUCGGCCACCGCGGCUCCGGGCGCCAGGCAUGUCGGUGCACUACACCCUCAAUCUACGCGUCUUCUGGCCCCUGGUGACCGGCCUCUGCACCGCUCUGGUGUGCCUCUACCAUGUCCUGUGGGGAAGCUGGGGCACCCGGGCCGAGCCCCCCGACGGCGUGGACGGCGGCUUCCCACUGCUCAAGGUGGCGGUUCUGCUCCUCCUCAGCUAUGUCCUCCUGCGCUGUCGCCACGCUGUCCGGCAGCGCUUCUUACCGGGAUCUCCCCGUCUGGGGGGCCACGCCGCCUUCUCGAGACACUUCCGAGAGCCUGGCCUCAGCAUCUUGCUGGAGAGUUAUUACGAGCACGAGGUGCGCCUGUCUCCGCACGUGUUGGGCCACAGCAAGGCGCACGUGAGCCAGAUCGUGGGCGAGCUGGUGCGGGCUGGCCGCUCCCGGGGGUCCCCCGGCCUCAUCCCCGGGGGAGCGCUGGCGUUGGCCUUCCGCGGAGACUUCAUCCAGGUGGGCAGCGCCUACGAGCAACAUAAAAUCCGCCGGCCCGACAGCUUCGAUGUGCUGGUGCCACUGCGCCUCCCACCGCUGGUGGCGCUGGACCCACGGAGCCUGGGCGAGGAGCUAGCGCUGGCCCCGGCCUUCCGCAGCUGCUUCGUGUGCGCCCUUAAGGCACCACCCUCACCUUCUGGGGCCUCGGGGGGCCACUGGCUUCGGGACUGCAAACCCUUUGCUGAUGGCUUCUGCGUGGAUGUGCGCGGGCGGCGCCACCUUUCUGCUGCUCUGGUGCUGCGCUGGUUCCAGUCGCAUCUGCAGCGCUCCUUGGCCACUGUGCGUUACAGCCUGGAGGGGCGCUGUCGGGUCACCUUGACCCCGGGUGGCCUGGAACAGCCUCCCACGUUACACAUCCUGCCCUGCCGCACUGACUACGGCUGCUGCCGCCUUUCCAUGGCUGUGCGCCUCAUUCCCGCUGUCCAUCUGGGAGAUGGCGUCUUCCUUGUGGCGCCACCACCGCCACCCUUGUCCAGCGGGCUCCUGUUGGAGCUCCCUGGGGGCCUGCGCUCGGAGGCACUGUGGGGUGUGAAUACAGCACGCCAGGAGCAGAAGCUGCUGAGUUGGCUGCAGGAACGGGCAGCUCCAGGUGCCUGCUACCUCAAGUGCCUGCAGUUGCUUAAGGCUCUGCGAGAUCUGGGUGCCCGUGGGCUGGACUCAGCGGCCGCCACCCAGUGGGGACGCAUCCUGUCCUCCUAUGUGCUCAAGACAGUGCUGCUGGCAGUGCUGCUACGCAAGGGGGCCCCUGGACAAAGCUGGGAUGAGGAGCAUCUGGGAAAGUGUUUGGAGGAGUUGGUGCAGUUCCUUAGGGACUGCCUGCUGCGACGCCAUACGCUCUUCCACUGUGUCCUGGGCCCUGGGGGGGCGGCCGCCGAGGUGGGCCCCCUGCCCAAGGUACUACGGGAAGCCGCUCCAGUUGACCUCCUGGCCGCUUUCGACGGGCACGCCCGGGAACUUGCAGCAGCGCGGUUACUGUCCACGUGGCAAAGGCUGCCCCAGCUUCUCCGGGCCUACGGGGGUCCCCGCUACCUUGCCAGGUGCCCCACACCCCGGAGUCAGCGCACCCAGGGCUUCCUUGAAGGUGAACCGUAAACCCUGACAGCACCCCCACCUGACCAAAUGCUCCUAAACCUAUUCCCACUGGGUGGGGGUGGGAAUGGUGGUGAAGCCAGUUAAAUGCAAGAUUACAGAAGGUAGUGGAAAAUUUGGUGGCUGCCUCAAGCUUUAGUGGCUUAAAUAUCACUUCCUCACUUCAUAGACCAAUAUGAUAUGACAUCUUCACACCCACUAGAGUGUUCUGGACAAACUAGGGGAAGACAUCCAAAUGCAGCCCCAAGAAUUGGUUCAAAUGUGGUUUUGUGUGGACGGAUUCUGUAGAAGGAUAUGGCUUUUAGAGAAGUCCAGUAGAAGAAGCAAGAAUUCGCUGCAGGGAAAGUUUCUUCUUUCGGCUUUUAGACACAGAUCUCUCUGCCCAAAUUAAAAAAAAAAAACAAAAAAAAGUUUUUGACACAAUUACUUGCUAGGUACUGGGUUCCUGAUUGCCUUUGAAAAGAAAAAUCUGAAUCUUUAUCUGCAACUGGAAUUGAAGUUCUAUUUUCAGGGCUAAUGUUCAGAGGAACAUAGUUUCCACUUCAAAUUAAUAUUAAUGUAUUUUUUAAAUGGUGCAAUCACAGGUGUUUGACAAGAUUGUCAAAAAAUUAAGUCACACAUAUGGAAAGGCAAUCGAGAGUUGAUUAGAGAAACUUCCAGAGAAAAUAGCACUUUAUAUUGAUGAAUUCACUCAUUUUGUAGUAAUUGCUAGCACCAAGCAUUGCAUCUGCCAGUUAUGUUUAUUAUUAAGAAAUGUGCAGCCUUGAAAAGUGGCCAACGUGCUUGCCUAACAUCCCCGCAGGCCACAAGCUGGGGUAUGUACCAGUCAGUCAACACCCAUUCAUCGAGCUACCUACUACCAGCCAGACACCGUGCAAAGCAGCAACCAAAUACAUCUUCAAGACCACACCGGUGAAGGCAUAAAACAUGUUGGCUUUGGAGAAAGAUGUGUUUUAGGCUUUGCCUAUAAAGGUGUUUCUCCAAGGCUGGCUGCUGGCUGGAGACAGUAGCCUUUUUAAUUUUAAAGUUUUAAGCAAACUCCUUCACAAAGAUUUCUUUCUGAGCUUAAUGAGCUAAUGAAGAGGAAAUGCCUGCUGCUUAGCAUGUAGUUUGUGCUCAGUCUCUAACCAUUGAUGGUUCUUCCUUGUCCAGGCAGCCUUAUGUGGUCCCAGGAGGCUAACUUCAAGGACCUGUUGAUCCAGCACAGGUUUUACAAAACAUUUCACUUAGAGUUCAGUAUCUUGGGCUCUGUGCUUGAAGAUCGGUUACUCCCUGGUGGUGGGCAGAGGAGACAAAUUAGGAAAAGAGCAAGGGAGACAGCCCUUGAUAGCACUCUGUCUCCUUCUUUCUCUGUGGGUGGAUCACCAGGUUGGGUGUAUUUUGCAGCUGGGAGGAGCCUGUCCUGGAAUCCUUCCUUGUCCUCCCAAAUUUAUAACACCCGAUUACGGUUUUUGUUUUUUUUUUUAAGUUCAGCACGGUCCAGCCUCUGCUUGCCUGAUUGGAAAUACAGCCAGCCCAAGUGUUAACGCAUUGGGAUUUUUUUUUCCCCUAAAUAAAAACCUGUACUUCCUUAGACUCUUAAAGCUAAAAUUUGGAAGACAGAAAUGGCUAUGUGAAUAGAACCAUUGUUGAAUUUCUAAGCUCUUUUGAGGGAACUCUGUGAACCUUCUUUCUUGAGGGGAUCUACUUGGCCACUGUGGGAAAUCGUUGUAAGUGAUUUACAGGGAAUCCUUCUCCUCAAAGCUGCAUUGGCUUCUUGUAUCCUUUUCGUCCUGGGGGUGAAAGAGAAACAGCUGCAACGUUGUGCUGUCUCUUUGAGGUUGUCCUGGGGACAGUUCCCCGCAAAGGUCAUUCCUAGCUUUUGAGGUCAAUGUUAGGUCAUAAGGUACUGCAUUGUGCAAAAAGAGUCAGUCUGCCAACUUUAUGCAAAGAUAGUAAUGCACAGUAUUUUUAAAAAUUAGUUUUAAAAAUAAAUGCCAAGAGAUCUUAUAUAUACAUACACACAAAUAUAUAUAUAUUUUCCCAUACUCAACCACAACUUCCCCUGUAUUCACUGUCUACUACAGUGGGGGACAUAAAGUUGGAAGGAUUAUAAAGCUUUAAGGCUGGGCGCAGUGGCUCAUGCCUGUAAUCCCAGCACUUUGGGAGGCCGAGGUGGGCGGAUCACCUGAGGUCAGGAGUUCAAGACCAACCUGGCCAACAUGGCGAAACCCCAUUGCUACUAAAAAAAUACAGAAAAGAGCCAGGCGUGGUGGUGGACGCCUGUAAUCCCAGGUACUUGGGAGGCUGAGGCAGGAGAAUCGCUUGAAUCUGGGAGGCAAAUGUUGCAGUGAGUUGAGAUCACACCACUGCGCUCCAGCCUGGGCAACAGAGCAAGACUCUUGUCUUGAAAAAAUAAAAUUAAAAUAUAAGCUUUAAAAAGUGAAUUUUAGAAAUAUUUCUAGCUGUGUCAGUGAGUUUCUCUUUUAAUAGUGUUUUAAAGUAUAAAUCUGGUAACAUAUUCUGUUCUUGUCUUUUUUUGUUAUAUAUAUUUUUCUGGUUAAUUACCCAAAGCCUCAUCCAUCCUCAAGGUUUUUAAAUUUUAUUUUUUUAAAAUAAAUGGGGCAUUGUAUUUUUGAAUUUUUAAAAUAUUACUGUUUUAUUUAAAUGCCAUGCUGAGCAAUUGUUGUCUGUAUGUGGUAACCAAAACUUAGAGAUUUCGAUCAAUUUUGAUCAAUGUUCAGUAAACCCAAACGUACUGUGUACAAUGGAAAUAAUAUGGUAUAUUAGCCAGGCAUGAUGGUUGCCCAAGACACUUAAAUUAAGCUCAAUUCUGUAUUUUAUUAGGGCUCCAUCAUGUCCUUCAUCUGAAAUGUACACGUUUUUGGUGUAUGCUUGGUACUGGAGAUUCAUAUAUGCAUAUAGUCUCAUGCAAAUAGGCUCCACGGUAACAACAGAAAAAAAAAAAUUGUCCAGCCAGUGCCGGAGGAAAAUGUUUUUGGGGAGGAUGACUCAGUCAUUUUGUGGCUAGACACUCUUCAGUAACUCCCACUGACCAGUUUUGGGAGCCUUCCUGGAAUGAUCGUGGGCUGAGCGGAGAUGUUUCUUUUGCAAAAUGAAACUGAAGCUGAAAGAAGGGAGAAUUUGAGUGAACCAAGAGAAAUCCAAAGAAUUCGGGAAGGAGGACUUAAGAUGAAAAGUGAAGCCAGAGAGGGAAGGGAAAUAAUUGCGUGAGGGUGUGAGAGAGGUUUGGGUUAGGAAACAUGUUUUUAGUGCUAUUUCCAACCAGGGGUUGCAAACUCAGCAGCCUUAGAAACAAGGGUGGGAAGUGGGGUGGGGGGGAAGCAAUGCCCACCUUUAAGGAGGCUCAGCCAUGCAGGAAAAAAAUGGGGCAAAAAGCUGGAAAUCAGGAUUUUUUUUUUGUUUUUUGAAAAGCAAAACUUGCUGAUUUUUAAGCAAGUACUUAAAAAAAUGUCCAAAACACCACUUGGGCCAAACAUUUGUUUGAGUCUGGGGGCCACCAGUUUGCGACCACUGCCUUACACAGUUAAUACCCCAAGUAUGUAUAAAGUCAUAUUUUUUGUUUUGGAUGUGGUAGUGUUAUAUAUACUGGGGGCUGUGAUAUUUCAAAUCAUGUUUAUCUCUCAGAGCUAAGCUUUAUUAUAGAUACAAACCAAAAAAAAAAAAAAAAUUAACACAGCCACAGAUAACACUUAACUCACAGCCUUCAGGAGGAUGCUUGAUCUCAGAGCUGCUCUUUUUCAGUCAGAUCCUACAAACCACUUAGGGCCAGUUUUUAGCAUUUCCUUCCUGGUGAUUUGGGGUAAACCUCUUGGCUCUCUCAGAGUUUGCAGAUGACUAAUAAGGAAGGAUUGCAGAAUAACUUGUUUCUAUUUUUUUUUUCUCCCAGUUUAUGAGUGGAUCUAUUUUAUUUGUAUAUUUAAAUUAAUUUUCGGGGGUUAUUGCUAUCCUAGCGCGUGCCUUUACAAUGAUGAUUGGUGGCUGGGUUUGCGGUGCAAGCUUCUUUGGGCUUACACCAUUUCCACUACCAAGAACACAGGUUUUUAUUUUUGUUUUUUGAAACAGGAUCUCGCUCUGUUGCCCAGGCUGGAGUGCAGUGGCAAAAUUGCAGCUCACUGCAGCCUCGAUCUCCUGGGCUCAAGUGAUCCUCCUGCCUCAGUCUCCCAACUAGCUGGGACCAUAGAUAUGUGCCACUACACCCAGCAAAUUUUAAAAUUAUUUGUAGAGUCUGGGUCUCCCUAUGUUGCCCAGGCUGGUCUUGAACUACUGGACUCAAGCCAUCCUCCCACCUCAGCCUCCCAAAGUGUUGAGAUCACAAGCGUGAGCCCCCACACCUGCCCUAAAAGCAUGGUUCUGAUCAGACUUCACCUGGAAUGUUUUAUCAUUUUCUUUUUUUCUUUUCUUCCAGACAGAGUUUCACUCUUGUUGCCCAGGCUGGGGUGCACUGGCACGAUCUUGGCUCACUGCAGCCUCCGCCUCCCAGGUCCAAGUAAUUCUCAGGCCUCGGCUUCCCACAUAGCUGGGAUUAUAGGUGCCUGCCACCAUGCCCGGCUAAUUUCAUUUUAUUUUAUUUUCUUUCUUUUUUCCUUUCUUUCUUUUCUUUUCUUUCUUUCUUUUCUUCUCUCCCUCUCCCUCUGUCUCUCUCUCUCUCCCUCUCUCUCCUUCUUUCUUUUUGUUUAAUAGAGACAGGGGUUUCAUCAUGUUGUCCAGGAUGGUCUCGAAUUCCUGACCUCAGGUGAUCCUCCCGCCUCGGCCUCCCAAAGUGUUGGGAUUGCGGGCGUGACCCACCGUACCUGGCCUCUAUCAUUUUCUGACUCAGCAGCUCCACCAAAAUUGACAUCCUAGCAAACACUGUGAAGGAAUUAACCUAAGUGCUUCCAAAGCAUCUCAUGUAACUUCUGUGGAGUAAGUUACUUUUUCUGUAGCAUGUGGCUUUUGACCUUGAUGAGGACUGACCUCUCAUCCCUGUCUACAUGGAGGAAGAUGAUUCAGUGGCAGGGAAAGUGAACCUCAGUAACAUUUCCAAAUUCCCUGAGAGGCAAACAAGUUCAGCGUUAUCAUCGUGGCAUUCGUUAGUUUUUUUUUUUUUUUUCAAUCACUUGUUUAGAUACAACUUUAUUUUUUCAUACCUACAUAGCACGUGAUUGGGGGGGGACAAAGCAUGUAUAAGUUGGGAGAGGCGGAGAAUGUGUGACUGUGUAUACAGAAAAUAGACUAAAAUGUGCAGCAAAAUGAUAUAUAUUGUAAUCUGGUUUUUGAAGUAUCUACUAUUCUGGAAUAUGUUUAAACAACUUUUUGCUUUUAAAGAAACGGUGCCUUGAUUCAGUUGCUUGACUUAAAACAUUCCUCCUGUUUUAUUGUGAUUUGUAACGUCUUCUGACCCCACACUGUGUUUUAGGUUGCAGUCUGGUGGCUGCAGUCGUAGCAUUAGUUUUGUUCCAGUAACACAGACCAAAGAGUUAAUCAGAUAUGGUUCAGCUGCUACAAUUGUGUGAUGAAAAGGAAGUUUAAUCACACCAAAUUUCCGUGGCCCCAACAGUCAAGGCCUGCCGUUCGUUUUCUCUUGCAGGCUGGAGUAAAUUUGCACUUUGAAUCAUAUGGGUCAUUUUGGGACCUUGGUCUUUUCUAUUUUGCUUUAUUAAUAAAGGAACUUGUAGAAA